GACCUGAAUCUCCAGCCAUCUAUCUAUUCUUCUUUCAUACUCUCUGAGCGGGCUCAUGAUAUCAUCGUCGUCGUCCAUCACCACCAACAUCAUCAUCCCGUCUAUCUGCUGGUACCGUCAUCGACCGUUUGAACACAGAUCGGGCUUUGCGUGACAUAUAGGUUCAAGCAUAUGUAUUCUCAUUCGCACUUUCCAUUUGUUUCUUGUGCCCUCGAAGCGUCUUCCGUCCAUAGCUAUUACUACUGUUCAAAUACCAUCAAGUCCAUGGAUCAAUUGAUUACAACCCUUUUCACCUUUUUGUCCUGUUCACGACGAAGGGAAUACUACAGUACAUGGUACACAGAAUCAGGGUGUCGCUCACAUGAUAAUAGGCCAACACAAUCCAGCUUUCAUUCCAAACUAGCAACAAUAGCACUAGCAUCCAAGGUUCAAUACAUUAGAGAAACGUGUUUUAGAGCAGCGGCUUGUCGCUUGGUGAUUAUAAUCAAUACAAUCAAGCUACGCCUCCUGGCAAAUUGAAGGUAAAUGAGGAGAAAAUAUGGGACUCGGAGGUCAGAGGCACAUGAUAACGAAAGAGGCCACAAGUGACUUGGUUCCUUUGCGAAACCAAC